AUGCCGCUUUUGAAACGAAAGGCGAUCAAGCCAGUGCCGACUCCCAAUGUCAAUGACUUUGAGGAAAACACUCCAGUGUACAUGAUGCGGUUCACCAACGAGAUCUUUACAACCUACGAGGACUACAUCAAUCGAUACUUCUUCUACAAACAAAAGAACUGGCAGUGCGAGACAACAGGAAAGUCAGGAUUGACCUUCGAAGAGGCACUCGAGUCUGAGCACAAGGAAAAGUCUAUGGUCGCCAACAACUUUCCUGCCCAGCUUCGAAAGCCAUUGCUGGAGUUUGUUCAAUUCCAAACUGCCAGGAUCGAUGCAGUCGUAGAUGACGCUUUUGCAAAGUUCAAGAACGUGUACUUUUUGAACGAACUUGUCACUGUGACUUGGGAUGGAACAAGUUACAGCGCUGUGAUCCGGAAGGUUUUGCCAGAGGACGAGUGGACGACUGUUAAGAAUGGCGCUUCCGAACCUGAAGAACUAGGACAGUACCUCGUCAGAGUUGUGGACAAGCGCGGUCGAGGCAUCGAGGAUAUGGAACGCGUUGUUGAUUGCUCCCUGCUGAGUCGCGAGCGUCUUGCAUUCAACAAGAACAUCAUCCGCAAGUACGUCCGAGAGUGUUCGGCAAAGGAGAACUAUAUCGGAGCACCCUGGAUGGUUAAGACAUCGUUGGCCAAAAAGUACGGAAUCGAAACGAAACUUCCAGCAGACCUUCAGGCGGCAAGAGAGUCAGCAUUCGCGAAGCUGAAGAAGCGAAAGGGAGGUGUCGAUCCAGCACCAGCACUUGCAGCCGCUAAGAAGGCCAAAAAGGAGGCGGCAGAGAGACCCACCAAAGAAGUUCUUGCCGAGGUAUCAUUGCCUGUGGAAGUGAAACCAGUGAUCAAGUACCCGAUCGAGGACCUGGAAUUGGACGCUGGAAGCAUUAAGCAGGACGAGGAUAGACUUUUGGCGCGCCCAUUACCAGUCAAGGAUCGCUCCGUGCCUCAAGAUUCCUUUGAGGCCCUCGUCAUGUCUUGGCAGUUUAUGAACUCGUUCAGUACUCCAUUGAAGCUCUCGCCUUUUGGGAUGAAUGAUUUUGAAGACUCUUUGGCUCACACAGAUAUUGAGCAUCCUAGUGUCAUGGUUGCUGAGUAUCACUCUACGCUCAUGAACGCCAUUAUUCAGGAUCGACUCAAAGGAAUCGCUAGGCCCAUUUUGGCUGUUCCUGGAAGUGCUGUCCCCAGCCCUUCGCAUCCACGCGAAGAACGAGAGCACAGCGUGAUGACGGAUGACGACGACAGUAUCGCUGACGAUGGUGACUUGUCUGUGGGAGGCCAUGAUGAGUAUCUUCAGCGUCGCAAGCUUGCUCAUAGACCCAUCAACGAGCGGGUUGUCAUCGUUGGCCAGGGCUGGGAUGAGAAGGUGGUUCCCGCGUCUAGACAAGGCUGGGAGGCUGUCCUUGUUGGGCUUAUCAACGAGCUGGGCUCUUUUGAGGCGAUCCCUAAUGUCGACAGAAUUUUGAACCACCUGGUCCCCAACGGAACAACCUUGAAGGAAGACGUCGAGCAAUUGUACCCAUCAUUGCCUUAUGAAGAUAAAGUCAGCAUCUUGGUGUUCUUGGUCGAGACCGCUGCAGGCACCAGUGCCGUCAGACACUACAUGGAAGAGUGCCGCCAAAACCUCAAAGAACUUCGAUUGCAAAAGUUUGAUAUCAACAAGGACAGAAGGCAACUGCAAUCGGAGUGGGCCGAGUUUGAGCGCAUGGAGGCAAUCGAUAACAAGAAUGCAGUUUUAGAGAAGGCGGCAGAGGAGCAACGUAGCGCUGCAUCGACACCCGAGCCAUCACAAGAUGAUGACAGCGACAGCCAUGCGACGAACGGGGACCUUUCACGAACAGAAUCCCGGCAGGAAAAGCUGAAGCGCCAGCAGAUGGAACGUGAACAGCAGGAGAACCGACGCAACCAAGACCUUCUCCGUCAACGCGUUUUGAUGAAGGCCAAGUCUGCAGAGCAAAAGUUGCGUUAUGAUGCCCGCAAGAAGCUUACAGAUAGAGAGGCUGCUCUGAACCGGAAAGAUGAGCAGAUCGAUCGGGAUUCGCGCCGGUACGGGAUUGCACGGGUCCGGCCAUUGGGCAAGGAUCGGUUCUAUAACCGGUACUGGUACUUUGACGGGAUCACGAUGGAUCAUGGCACGGAUCGACUCUAUGUCCAGUCGCCGUCGUUUUUGGAUCUGGAGGUGAUGCGGACGAGUGGCGACAAGAACAAGAUUUUGGAGCGACAGAAGGUAGAAGACCCCGUUGGCGGAUUAGACGAGCUGAUGCGGUUGCACGACCAGGAGAUUGCGAAUGGUCUUGUGUUAGAAAAGGCUGCGAGAGAGAGGAAGUUGAUGCAGGAGAAGGAGCGUGCUCUUGACACGGAUGACGAAGAUGAUAAGGAUCCUAAGGUCCGCGGUGGUGUUACCAAUGGUCACAGCCCCCACGAAGAUCAGGUCGACGAGUCUUUGCUUGUCCAGCACAUCCCAACUCACUGGUCUUUCUAUGAUGAGCCCGAACAGAUCGAUAACUUGCUGAGAUGGCUUAAUAGCAAGGGUAUCCGUGAGAGGGCGCUGCAGACGGCGAUCAACAACAACUACGACUUGAUUGUUGGAGGCAUGCAACGUCGGCAUCACGAUCUGGUCAGUCUUCUUCAGAAGGAGCAGAACCGUCGCAGUACGCGUACCAAGACUGUCAUGGCAUCUGAAGGCUACCUCGGCUACCUCAACCGCUUUAACAAGUGA